UCCCCGGGGCGCCCAGCCCGUGCGUCCGCGUCCCCAGAGCCCGGGCGCGAGAGCCUGGAGCGCCUCCCGCCGCCCGGGGUCUGGGGCGCCGGCGCCGCCGAGCUGCGGGAGCCGGAGAGCAGCUGCUGCGGGAGCUGCUCCGGACGCACCAUGCGCGAGCUGGCCAUCGAGAUCGGGGUGCGAGCCCUGCUCUUCGGGGUCUUCGUGUUCACUGAGUUUUUGGAUCCUUUCCAGCGAGUCAUCCAACCAGAAGAGAUCUGGCUCUAUAAAAAUCCUCUGGUGCAAUCAGACAACAUCCCGACCCGGCUCAUGUUUGCAAUUUCUUUCCUCACACCCCUGGCUGUUAUUUGUGUGGUGAAAAUUAUCCGGCGAACAGACAAGACUGAAAUUAAGGAAGCCUUCUUAGCUGUGUCCCUGGCUCUUGCUUUGAAUGGAGUUUGCACAAACACUAUUAAGUUAAUAGUGGGAAGACCUCGCCCCGAUUUCUUUUACCGCUGCUUUCCAGAUGGAGUGAUGAACUCGGAAAUGCACUGCACAGGUGACCCCGACCUGGUGUCCGAGGGCCGCAAAAGCUUCCCCAGUAUCCAUUCCUCCUUUGCCUUUUCUGGCCUCGGCUUCACGACGUUCUACUUGGCCGGCAAGCUGCACUGCUUCACUGAGAGUGGCCGGGGCAAGAGCUGGCGUCUGUGCGCCGCCAUCCUGCCCCUCUACUGUGCCAUGAUGAUCGCCCUGUCCCGUAUGUGUGACUACAAACAUCACUGGCAAGAUUCUUUUGUUGGCGGCGUCAUUGGCCUCAUCUUCGCUUACAUCUGCUACAGACAGCACUACCCUCCUCUGGCCAACACAGCUUGUCACAAGCCCCGUACGUCAGCCUCCGCGUCCCCACCUCGCUGAAGAAGGAAGAGAGGCCCACGGCAGACAGUGCAGCCAACAUGCCCCUGGAAGGCAUCACGGAAGGCCCUGUAUGACUCGUGUCGUGGGAACAUGGACACUUAGCCCUGGGUAC